AUGCUCAAUUUUGACGGAAUUCGAAAGAUCACUGAGAGAUUGCGAUGGAAACAAGGCGAUGAGGACGAAAAUUGGGCGAAGAAGGCGAUCGACCAACUCAUGAAAAAACUAAUGAAACACAACAAGCAAGCAUUGGACAACCUCGAAUUCGCUCUUCAAUGUCAAGGACGCCAAAAAACUGAAUGUGUAACAAUUCCACGCUCGUUGGAUGGUCGCUUACAAAUUUCGCACAGAAAAGCACUACCACACGUGAUUUACUGCCGAGUUUACAGAUGGCCCGAUUUACAGUCUCAUCAUGAAUUGAAGCCGAUCGAAGAUUGCCGUUUUUUUUACGAAUCCGGACAAAAAGAGAUUUGCAUCAAUCCGUACCACUACAAUCGCGUGCUCACCGCCAGCGUUCUACCGCCCGUGCUCGUUCCACGCUAUUCCGAAACACCGCCGCAGGAAAUUCCGCCGUCGCUGGCACGUCUCAAGCAAAUGGAGGCAAGCGGAUCGCAUAUGCCGCAAAAUAUCAACAUCGGAAGCGCAAUGUUCACGUAA